AUGGCCCCCUUGUGUCUGACUAUCAUCUAUUGUGCCUCAGGAAAGCACGAGGAGAGAAGAGAUGAACACGGCUACGUGCCAAGACACUUCACCAGGAAAAUCCUUCUCCCCGGUGUGGACUUUGAGAAGGUGACCUCCUCUCUCUCUGCAGAGGGUGUGCUCAGCGUCGAGGCCCCACUGCCCUUGCCAGCCAUACAGGAAGGAGGCCGCUCCAUGGCCAUCAGCAAUAAGUAA